AUACAAAUAACUUCUUCCGCGUAACUAACGGUAAUGCAGGGCGAAAGUCAUCAUUAUCACUGAAGAGCUGAGCAUUCCACAAAAAACGCAUUUGCCAGAUAAAGUAUUUUAUUUAUAAAGCUAAAUGGUAUCAGUAUACUGUAGUUGCCUGGCUCUACGUGAUAACAAUGCAUAUCCAUCUAGGCUAAACACUCGUUAUCUUCGUGCAUAACUAGCUAGGUAUCUACCUAGCCUAUACCUACAUACCUAGGUUAGCUAGGUAUUUACUGUAAAUUACAGGGAAGAUUUCAUUAUUGAUUGCUCACUGCAUCAUGGCAAUGGCUAGUGGAGAUGAGAAAGAGGAAGUUUUGGUGUUUGAUGAUUCUGAAGCCACUCGACAGUUUGAUUGUUUAGUUGGUCAUAUUGAAAGUAUUAUUUUAAGUGAAGAAUUUGUCAGUCUUCGAGAGAGUUUUAUGAAAAAGCAUUGCCAUGUGUUUUGUGAUGACGAAGAGAAUAAGUUGGAGUACAUGGAUAUAUACAAACAAUAUACUUCCCUAAUUGAGGGUCACAUAGAAACAGAAUUAUCAGCACGUGAGAGUAGUUUUAGCAUGCCUGCUUUCCUGCAAGAAUUAAGCCAGUGUGGAUCUCUUGAGGGAGAAGUUUUUGAUCUCCUACUAACAUUUACUGACUUCUUAGCUUUCAAGACUGCCAUGUUGGAAACAAAACAGUAUUUUUCUUAAUUUCAGAGUGAAGAAAGUGGUUCUUCUAGGUUAGAAGACUUACUUCAGGUUACGAGGCUUGGGUAGAAGAAAACAAAAUUUUGAGUUAUUAAGGGAUCUUAUGUAUUUUGCACCACAUUAUGACAUGAUGCUAUAUGUAUUUGUGUGUACUGUAUAUUUCUGUGUAUAUGCAUGACACUGUAACUGAUAACUUUAUACCAUAUACAACAGUGGACCAAUAGAUUAUUUUAAGUGUCUAAAGUGUUGUAAGAGAAGUUUUAGCACUUUUAUUUGUAAGCUUCUUGUAUUCCUUUUGCAGUAUCUUGAAAAAUAAGACUAUUUCUAGCAUUUUUUAUGUGCUUUUCCAAGUGCCUCUUUUUAGGAAUUCUCAUGGGAAAGAAUAAAUAAAUACCUCUUAGAAAGAAAAUGCAAAAGGUUCAAUGUCAGUUACUUGUCACCCAUUUGUAACUUUUAUAUUUGAUGUACAAUACAACACUAUGAGUUAGUGGUGUUGCAUGGAAUUUUUACCACCGACUGCGUCCCAACAACAAAGCAGAUUGCAAACAUUUUAUACGUACCAAACUGAAUUUGUUGUCACAUGUCUAUGCAUUCCAAUAUAACCAAAGAUACACUUAAUAUUUUGCUGUGUGCCACCAUUACUGUAUACUGUUUGUACACUAGAAUCUCUGUUCUUGAACAUUUCGUGACUUGUCCAUCUCAGUAUCCAAACCAUUAUUCAUUAGGAAAACUCAGAAUUUCGAACACUGACUUGGAUAGUAUACACUUCGGUAAAGCAUUACAGGCUUCUUAGUUGGCUUUUUGUAACACAUUGGUGUCACCUGACUGCUCUUGGGCUCUCUGUAUUUAAACAUGAUAGUGUUCCUCUGGCCUCAUGUACUUGGAAACAAAGGGAAAACAUAGGAUUGGGGGUCAUUUUGUUCAUGUGAUUGUAUUUGUCUCGCUUUCCCUAGGCCUGCAGAACACUUUUCUAUCUCUGU